AUCAGGGAGGAGGGGGCAAAGUUGAAUGUUCUGUGCCUGUUACGUGGCUGUCCCAGCAGCUCGCAGAGACAGCUCAUCCCGUUAGGGCUCCCCUUUUAUCCCGAAAAGCACACACCAGGCACAGGCCAAUCUGCCUCCCGCUGGCAGCAGCCGCGAAUUUGGUUGUUGAGGAGCAGAAAAGAAGGUGGAUGUGGCAGCCAUGGCACAGCUCUUUGGCUACGUGGAUGUGACUGACACUGGCUUCAUUGUGGCUGUGCUCUCCAUCGCCUUCAACCCACUCUUCUGGAACGUGGUGGCCAGAUGGGAGCACAAAACACGAGUGUUCAGCCGAGUCUUUGGCUCUGCACACGCUGCCUGUUACUGCCUGGGCGCCGUGAUCCUGCUGCUGAACUGUGUGAGGAGCCACUGCUUCACAGAAGCCAUGAAGAGCCAGCCAAAGCUGGAGGGCUGGGACUGCCACUGGACCUAUUACUCAGGCUUGGCCAUCUCAGCUGUGGGGACCUUGUUUGUCAUCUCCAGCUUCUUAGCACUGGGAUUCACUGGGACGUUCCUAGGUGAUUACUUUGGCAUCCUGAUGGAGGCAAAAGUGACCAGCUUCCCCUUCAGCGUCCUGGAUAACCCCAUGUACUGGGGCAGCACAGCCAUCUACCUGGGCUGGUCCCUCAUGCACGCCAGCCCAGCUGGCCUUUUGCUGACAGCUGUAGUGGCAAUUUCCUACACAAUCGCCAUGCUGUACGAGGGGCCUUUCACAGAGGAAAUCUACCGGCAGAAACAGAAGGGAGUGAAGAACAAGUAGCCACAGAUCACUGUCUCGGGUACCUCGUGCCUCUCUGGUCCCCACACUGUCAGAUUUGCCUGCUUUCCUACUGAGAUGUAUCCUACUAAUUAGCCCAGCAAACCUUUAAUGAGCAGACCGAGCUCCCUGCAGCACUGGAAGUGAUCAGAGGAACAGCCCGAGCGUGGUGGCAUCUCCUCACCACAGCCCACGGGGGAUGGAGGUCCCUGCCCCCAGGUCUCUGUCCCCAAAUCCAGGUCACUGCAGCUCCUGAUGCUCUCCCGGAAAUUACACAGUGCGGGACCUCCUGACCUCUUGUCCCCCAGAGAUUGUUGGAGAUCUCCAGGGGAAAAAGCAAUUCCCUCUGGACUGGAGGGAUAUUUCAUAAGUGAGCUCUGAGCAUGGGGAAGCACCGGCUCCAGCUGUUCCUGAAGACCAUCUGAAGAUGCUGCCAAAGAGCCACAGUAAGCAGACAAAAGCUUGAGUGAAGCAAUGGAGAGGGUUCAGGAGCCCCUGAGGAUUCAAACAGAGCUGGGGAAGGAAGAGGGGAAACUGCUGCAAACUCAACAACAUCAAAACACGCUGCAAACC